UGGGCUAAAACUUGGUUACUCAUGUGAGCUGAGAUCAGUUCCUAGAGAACAAGCUCACCAACAUACACACUUACACACAGACUGAUUUCAAGAUUUAUCCAUUUUUAUAUAAAUUUUCAUCGGUUUUCUUCAAGGGGUGUGUCUUCCUAAUUUGAUUAUUUUGUUCCGUAUUAGACUAACUUAUAACGUUAGCUAGCUAGCCAGCUAUAUUGGCAGCUAGCAAAAUAGCCAGCUAGCCAGGAAACUUAGCGAUGGGUAUGCUGUAAAAUGUCUGUCGCAAGGUCAGUUAUUGGCUGGAUUUAAUUCUUUGUUUUUUUCUUUCGCCGUAGAAAAUAACUCGGGAGGGAGGGAGGCUGGGGCCGCUCAGCUAAGGAGAAGGCGGAGAAAGUGGCGACUGGGCAGUGUUAUGUGUUUGUGAGCCUAACGCUCUAUCUGUUCAUGCCAGCUCCAACAUUAGACAGUGCAGUGCCAGGAGAAAGAUGAUAGAGAUGUCGGUUGACAAAGAGACUGUUUUACCGCAGGACGGGCGAGCACAGCCCUCGAUACACACGCCGCCGCCACUCUCAGAAUGUACCAGAACCUGCAACAAUGCGCCCAAAGCCGCAGGCGCCGCUGUGGCCACCUCUGCUAACUCCGAUGGUCCCCCGACCUGCGUCGGGGCAGCGUUUGCGGGCAGCGUGGUUCUGGCGGAACAGCCCACCCACACCGCCAACUUGGCCAGCCGCGGUAGCCAGGCCGAGAGUGUGGGGCAGGAGGCCAGGACGGACGGCAACCCCCCCAGGCCCAAAAACGGACUGCAGCAGCCCCCGCAAAAGCAGCCGCCUCAACCGCAGCAGCUGCGACUGAACAAGAGGCGCAACACCAUGAGCAUGGGCUUCAAGCACCCGGGCUCCGGCAAGAGGCGGCGGCGGGCCAACUCCGAGAGCGACCCGGUCCUGCCCACCAACUUCCUGCUGGGCGGGAACAUUUUUGACCCGCUGAACCUUAACAGCCUGUUGGACGAGGAGGUGAACCGGGCAAUCAACGCCGAGACGCCCAAGUCCUCGCCCCUGCCUGCCAAGAGCCGCGACCCCGUGGAGAUCCUCAUCCCUAGGGACAUCACGGACCCCCUCAACCUGAACAGCAGCGGGGCGGACGCCUGCAUCCUGGUGUCGCCCCUGCGGACCGGGGGCAGGCGCAGGCACCGCAACCGACACCACGGCGGGGGCGGAGCGGCCGCCGCCAUGCAGAUUGACACCUCGGAGUCGGAGAGAGGGAAGGCCAGCGAGCAGUGCGCGGUGGCCACCGCGGGAGGAGCCCUGCCUUUGGCGCCGCCUUCAGCGUCCGGUGCUGCAGGUGCAAUCCCGGAGGCCCCCAGAGAGGGCGCCGUGCUGCUGGACCCGAAGCUGGUCCAGCAGUCCCUGUGCCCUUCUGAUAUGAACACCUCCAGCAGCUGCCGGGACGAGGCGGCGCCGUCUGCGCUCCCCAAAGGCUCCACCUCUCAGCCUCCAGCGCGUGUUUCUGCGGACCCCAGGCCCGCGGGCCCACCCCCUGCCCCAGCCACGCCCCGCCAGCGCAAACGCAGGCGUGCCUCCAGCAGGUCCGAAUUCGUACCUGGCGCUCCUGGGAAGGGGCAGGGCCACCCCCAGGUGCUCCCGGGGCAAGUCGGGGGCGGGGCCUCGGGGCAGCCGCAGCUGCAGAACCGCCGCCGCCAGCAGCAGCAGCAGCAGCAGACGAAGUUCCAGUACGGAAACUACAACAAGUACUACGGCUACCGCAACCCCGGGCGCAGCGAGGACCCGCGGCUGCGCGUGAUGAGGCCCGAGUGGUUCCGGGGCAAAGACGUGCUGGACCUGGGCUGCAACACGGGCCACCUGACCCUCUCCAUCGCCCAGAACUGGCGCCCCGCCCGCAUUGUGGGGCUGGACAUCGACGGCGGCCUGGUGCACGCUGCCCGGCAGAACGUGCGGCACUACCUGUCGGACCUGCAGGCUCAGGAGGCGCGGCGCGCUCCGGGGAGAACGCCCGGGGGAGACGGGGCUGACGGACAGGAGGCGCGGAGGAAGGAGGCGGGAGAGGAGAGGGUGGCUCGGGGGGGCUCGUGUGGAGCGGGAGAAGAAACCCAGAGACCCGAAGGGGGCGGGGACAAGAUGGAUGAUGGACGGGAAAUGAGACGUAAACAGGGGGAGGAAGUUCCCGUGGAGAUGGAGGCCGUUCCUGUGGAAACUGAGGAGAGCAGAUGUGCAGAGGAAGGUCACGGGGCGAAUAGGACAGCAGAGGUUGAAAGUCCUGCGGACUCCAGGCCGCCCCCUGUUGGCUCGAAUGGGGAAAGCCACCCUUUCCCUGUGUCCUUGCGGAUCUCCAGAGGCCCCAUAGCUGCACCCCCACUCCCAGACACGCCUCCUUUGCCCCUCGGAGACUUCCCUGCUAAUGUCUCAUUCGUUAAGGGGAACUAUGUGCUGCAGAGUGACGCCCUGCUGCAGACCCAGCAGCCCGAGUACGACGUGAUCCUGUGCCUCAGCGUCACCAAGUGGGUGCACCUGAACUGGGGCGACGAGGGGCUCCAGCGCCUCUUCAGGAGGGUCUACAGGCACCUGCGCCCCGGAGGACUCUUCAUUCUGGAGCCACAGUCCUGGGCCUCCUACAGCAAGAGGAAGAAGCUCACUGACACCAUCUAUAAGAACUACUACAACAUCCGCUUCAAACCGGAUCAGUUUAGUUCCUACCUGACAUCAGAGGUGGGCUUCUCCGGCUAUGAGCUCAUUGGCACGCCCAACAGCUCCUCCAGAGGAUUUCAGAGACCAAUUUACCUGUUUCGCAAAGGGCCCUCUUGCUCCAGGAAGUGACCUCUUACCCGCUGGGAGCAGCAGGAAGAUGGAUCUGAAGAGCCAGCAUACCUUUUGUUUCUGGAAGAGAUGUUCACAGCAUUUGAAAUACCUGAACAUUGUCAGAACGAAUUUGAAAAGAUUUGGUGGGGGGAGAGAAAUGGACUUAUAAAUUGAUUUGGAACUUUGGUGUUUAUUCACCUGCUGACCCACCCACCUGACUCUAUACAGACACAGCAGCAAUAAAGCCUAGACCUGCACACA